AAUGGCUGCCAUGCAGUUCUUCGCGUCUCUUGUUGGUGAAAACCUAAUCUUGCAGACAACUCUGGUUCUUUUGGUGGUGUUCUUUGUGACUGUCUGGUUCCUCAGUCAUGUCCGCUCCCCCAAGAACCUCCCGCCCGGUCCCAGGGGAUGGCCUGUCGCCGGUAAUAUCUUCUCUUUCGCUACGGGGCACCGUGCUCUGACGAUGACUGAGUGGGCGGAGACGUACGGACCAGUCUACCGGAUACAGCUGGGGAAUCAGACGAUGGUUGUGCUAUCCGGAUAUGACGUCAUUUAUGAGGCUUUGGUGAAGACAGCAGAAGAUUUUUCCAGCAGACCAGUGAACGCCAUAACAUCGAUUGUCAACCCACAGAGGCUAGGCAUCAUCACGGCCCCUUUCGGCACUGCGUGGAAAGAGCACCGGAAGUUCACCCUGAUGUCUCUGCGGGAGUUCGGCUUCGGGAAGAGGAGUCUGGAGGGGAAGAUCCUGGCGGAGUCGGAGGCUCUACAGGCAGAAAUCCUGAGGAUGGGAGGCGGGCCGUUCGACAUCGGCCGCAUGGUGCAGAAUGCAGUCACCAAUGUCAUCUGUUCUAUUGUGUUUGGAUCAAGGUUUGAUUACAACGACGACAAGUUUACACGCUUGAUGGACGCUCUUGACCGAGGAUUUGCCUUCAACUUUUUUGGUCAACUGGCGGUCUUUUUCCCCAUCUUACGACACGUUCCGGGAAUGGGGCGAGGUCCGAAACUUAUUCAAGACGUCCUGGGUGUCGUCAGAGGCUACAUUAAAGAAGAAAUGGAUUCCCACAAGGAAACAUUCGAUGCCAAUGACAUCCGGGACCUUAUCGACUCAUACGUCAGGGAAACCAAGUCUCACGAGAACAACGGCGAGACUACGUUCACUGACGAGUACACAGAACUAGUCCUUUUUGACAUGUUCAUCGCCGGUUCUGAAACAACCUCCACUACUCUGUACUGGGCCUUUCUGUAUAUGAUUCUCAACCCGGAUAUCCAACGAAAGGUCCAAGCUGAGAUCCACGCUGUCCUGGGACACGACCAGCAGCCGUCCACCGCCCACCGUGCGCAGCUGCCGUACACAGACGCCGUGCUGACGGAGGUGGCGCGCAUGGGCACCAUCCUGCCGACUAGCGUCUUCCACGCCACGUCACGUGACACCAGUUUCCAUGGUUACCACAUUCCAGAGGAGACGACGGUGCUGCCCAACCUGUGGUCAGUGCACUACGACCCGGAACAUUUCCCCAACCCCGAAAGAUUCGACCCCGGUCGCUUCUUGGACGCCCAGGGGCGAUACCAGAGGGACGACCACGUCAUUCCUUUUGGUGUCGGUCCGCGCAUGUGCCUGGGUAAACAGCUGGCUGAGAUGGAGCUCUUCGUCUUCUUCACGUCCCUGCUGCAGCACUUCACUUUCAAACUGCCAGAGGGCGCCACUAAGCCGUCCAUCACAGGGAUCUUCGGCAUAACGAACUCGCCCAAGAAGUUCGAAAUGGUUGCUGAGCCAAUAGCUUGAGUUACUGUCUCGUUAUAUGAUUACAUUCGCCAAGAAUUGACGAAGGUUAUGUUUUCCUGGCCGUGUGUCUGUGUGUCUGUCUGUCUGUCUGUCUGUCAACAGCAUAAC